CUUGUUUAUGGUAUUCCAAGCUAAAAGAAAGAAACUUGUUUCUUGUAAGUGAAAAAAAUGAGUGUGCUCGUAGCCUUGAUGAACCUGUUGCUGUUAGUAAUAGCCCUUGCUUUGCUUAGCCCUGCUACUGAAGCUCAGCAGGGUACUUAUCGCUACCACGUUUGUCCAAACACAACCACUUUCCCUGUAAACAGCACUCACAGAGGUAAUCGCGAUAGCUUAUUGGCUUCGCUGUCGUCAAACGGCACCCGUGGGAAUGGUUUCUACAACACAACCGCUGGCAGGAACCCUGACACGGUAUACGGUCUUUUCCUCUGCCGUGGGGACCUUUCUGCCGAAGUCUGCCAAGGGUGCGUCACCUUUGCUGCCACCGACAUCUCCCGACGUUGUCCCGUGGAAAUGAUAGCGAUUGCUUGGUACGACGAGUGCCUAAUACGGUACUCGAACGUAAACAUCUUUUCUGCCGAGGCCGAAGAACCUGCAACUGUCUUGUUUAACUCUCAGAAUAUCACUGACCAAGAUCGAUUCAACCAGCAAGUGCAAGCGAUGAUGAGUGAGACAGCAACCCUUGCCGCAAACACACCACCAGGUGCUAAAAAAUUUGCCGCUAGAGCAACAGCGGCCAAUUUAUCAUCAAGUAUUCAAACACUGUACAGCCUGGGUCAGUGUACACCGGAUUUGUCAAGCUCGGAUUGCGAUAGAUGUCUACGAUUCGCAAUAGGAAAUCUUCCAAGAGGAAGCCAAGGAGGAAGAGUGCUGAGUCCUAGCUGCAACGUUAGAUAUGAAAUCUACUUGUUCUAUAAUCAAACAGCAGUUGCACCUCCACCUUCUCCUCCUCCAGCUCCAAUUUCAGGAGGGAACGGGAACGGCCGAAGAUCAUGGCCAAUAAUUGUCGCCAUUGUUGUUCCAAUUGCUGUCAUCAUUUUGAUUUUCUUCCUGGCCUGUUGGGUGUUAAAGAGGAGAGGAAAGAAGAAGUACGAUGCUAUCCGGGCAGAAAAUGCAGGGUAUGAUAUAACCACUGUAGAGGCAUUGCAGUAUGAUUUUACCACAAUUGAAACAGCAACAAAUAAUUUUUCAGACUCUAACAAGCUAGGCGAAGGUGGUUUUGGUGAUGUUUACAAGGGUGUCCUUCCUAACAAACAAGAAAUAGCUGUGAAGAGGCUAUCAAGAGGUUCAGGCCAAGGUGCAGAGGAAUUUAAAAACGAGGUCGUGUUGGUAGCCAAGCUUCAACAUAGAAAUCUAGUGAGACUAAUGGGCUUUUGCUUGGAAAGAGAAGAAAAGAUACUAAUCUACGAAUAUGUGCCCAACAAGAGCCUGGACUAUUUUGUUUUCGAUCCUGCAAAACAAGGACAACUUGACUGGUCGAGACGAUACAAGAUAAUAGGAGGGAUUGCUCGCGGAAUGCUUUAUCUGCAUGUGGAUUCUCGGCUUCGAAUCAUCCACCGCGAUCUCAAGGCCAGCAAUAUAUUGUUAGACGGAGACAUGAGCCCCAAGAUAUCGGAUUUCGGCAUGGCGAGGAUUUUUGGUGUCGAUCAAACUCAAGGAACCACCAGAAGAGUUGUCGGAACCUACGGCUAUAUGGCUCCGGAAUAUGCGAUGCAAGGACAAUUCUCCGUGAAAUCGGAUGCAUAUAGCUUCGGUGUUUUAGUUCUGGAAAUCAUAAGUGGCCAAAGGAACAGUAAUUUCUAUCAAACAGAUGGUGCUGAGGACCUCAUUAACUACGCUUGGAAGCUAUGGAAGGAUGAGAGACCCCUGGAAUUGUUAAACCCUGUUCUUCGGGACAAUUACGCGAGAAAUGAAGUCAUCAGAUGUAUUCAACUCGGGUUAUUGUGUGUUCAAGAAGAUCCGGCCGAUAGGCCGACGAUGGCUACCGUUGUUCUCAUGCUUAACAGUUACUCUGCCACACUACCAAUGCCUAAAGAACCGGCAUUUGUGCUUCACAGUAGAACGGAUGGGAGUAUGCCAUACAAAGGGCUUGAAUCUACCAGUCAAUCCAUUCCAUUGUCCAUCAAUGAAGUAUCUAUUACUGAAUUGGACCCCCGGUAAUGCGAGUUAAAGGAUGCAUCAUCGUCCUUAACCUCAAGGAAGGUUCAUAGCUAUUGCCAAUGUUGAAUAAGCUUUCGUUUUCCCAAUGUACGAUUAUGAUUUCUAUAAGUAGCAGAAUUUGUGUACUUUAACUAGCGGGCAUU